CUCGCCUGCUCUCGCCGCCGCCGCUCCAGUCGAACACGGUCAUCUCGUCAACUGAACACCUCAACAACAAGGUUUGGACAGCACCCAACCCACCACACACAACCCACUCGACUCUGGACGCGCCAAACAUGUCGCGGCAGAUGAUAGACUAUGACGACGAGCUGAUGAAGGUGUGGUCGUUGGUGAAUGAGUUGUCGGAGCAACUCGCCAACAACCGUGCCCUCGUCCAGCAGCUCAAGUCUCGCACAGAGAACGUCAAGGGCCAAUCCGUCCACGCCGGCGCUGGCUUCCCCCUGCGUCGCUUCAACCUCGACAUUUCUGAUGAGGAGUUCCAGAGCGAGCUUGAGGCCUUUGCAUCCCACCUGGUCCUCGAGAACCAGACGCUUCAGCAUGAGAACAAGCAGCUCAACGGCCUACUGAAGGAGUACGAGCAGACGCUCGAGACGGUCAUGGGCAAGUUCCGCGGCGUUGCACAUGCAUCACAACAACACGACCUCGCCCUGCACUCGUACUACUCGCAACUGCUGCAGUCCCUGCAGACGGCGCACUCGGCAGCCCAGCUGCACGACGACAAUUCGCUCUCGCUCCUGCUGACGCGACUGUCGACCCUGCUGAGGUCUGCGCUGCGCUCGUUGAACGGCGAGGAGGGCACCUUUGACCCAUCGGCAUUGUCGGGUCUCCUCUCGCCCGACGAGGCAGUACGCACACCGUCACCAAUCUCCCCCAACAGCUCGAGUUCGUCGCGCGACAACAGCUCUGCCGGUGCCGCACCACCGCCAAGAGCCAACAGCAGCCGACGAAAGCACUUCCCCGGCUUUGUCCCCGGCACAUCGGGCGGUUACAUUGGCACCGAGGGACAGAGCGACUGGGCGAUGGAGCGCGAGAUGGAGAUUCAGCGGCUCGAGGAGGAGAACAAGGCACUGCGCGAGAUGCUGGGCAUCGCUGAAGAGGUGGCUAGCGAGGACCCCGAGCCAGAACACGACGCUGCCGACAAGUCUCCAAUGAUUGCGCCCCAGCGCAGACCAAGCGCGUACACUGUCGAGGAGCUCGAAGCCGACGCGCAAAAGGAGGCAGACGAGAGAGAGCACGGCGCAAUCGACACGAUCGAGGAGGAGCCGAGCUCGCAGCUGCCAGAUUCGGUGCUGGGGUUCCGGGCCGAGGCGGAUCAGCCGCCGCCCGAGAACGUCUUUGACGAGACAGACGGCGAGGCGGUACCAUAGGGGCGUGGGUGGAGUGUGUAAUUAUGUGUACAGUUGUUCUAGGCCACGAUUUAAU